UACAGAAGGUUACAAUUCUGAAGAAGAGUCUCCUCUAACGAACAUAUUCUUUGAGUCCCCAGAGAAGAAAGAGGAACAGAAGUUUGUCAAAGUUGAAACAGAAGUAGAAGAUUGGAGCUAUACAAUUACUGACGAAGAGAUAGCGCCUUUCCUGUUUAAAUCAUUAGAAAGAUGCGAAGCUGAUUUUGAAUCUAAUAUGCUAAACCAGACCAUCUGUCCAAUAGAAGAAGAAAAAGAGCAAUCUGACUCUGAUUCAGAACAAGAGCUUGAUGAAGAAGAAAUUGCUCUUCUGAAACCUGACCAAAGCAGAAAAGAUAUGAACAUCUCUGCUGGAAUUAAAUUUGACCACUUGUGACCAAUAUGACUUGAGAUCUUUGUGAACCCUCUGGUUCUGGAGUGAAAGCACAUUGUCUGCAAACUAUGCAUUGAGAACUACAAAUAAGUAUAGUCGCCAAUACAAGUGCCCAAUGUGAAGGAAGGUAUUCCUCCAUCUUAUUAGAGCUAAGCCAGCUGUUCAACUAUUGAAAGAAAUCAAAAAGGCUUAUCCGAAGCAGUACGAAGAGAGAAAGAAAGCUAUUGAUAAACUGAUCAAAAAGUACAAACCAAAAAUUCCAAUAACCAAUUUCAAGGUAGUGUGUGGGAACACAUGCAAGCUAGCAUACCCUUCCCAGUGCAUCAACGAAAACCAGGCUCUUCCAGUGUAUUCUUACAACUUGUACGUUGACUUCCCAGGCUUGACUAAAGACGAAAUUUCGUUUCUGGUCUCGAAGGUUGAGUUCAAACUACUUUCAAAGUACAGGAAUCCAGUGAGAGUCAGGUCCAAGCACCCAUUCAAGAUUUCUGAGAAAGGCAAAUUAAGAUAUUUCGCAAGAAUCAGGAUUUAUUGGAAUCCCGAGUUCCAAGUCAAAGAAACUAAGCUGAAGUACAAAGUGAGGUUUGAUAAAUAAAGAAAGAGGCAACUCUGAAGAAUUCAUUAAGAAAGUCAAGUUCUCUAAAAAGUUUAGAGAAGAGGAACUUUACCAGAAAAUACAGAGCUUAACAAAGAAGCAAAGAAAGACUCCAGCUCAAGAGGCCACAGUGUGGAGAUAAUACAAGGUUUAACCACUUA